UGGCGGUCUUUCCCUCUUUCUCCCCCCGACGGCCUUCUGGCCGGUUGAUGGCGUCGUGGCUCCUCCGAUUUCUCAUGCUUAUCACUCGCUUCUGCGACUGACAUACACACACAGACACACACGUCGACCUUACAGCCGCUGUCGCUGUAGUCCCUCGUUUGGCUGCCUGGCGCCCAUCUUGACUCUCGUUGAUUGUUGACCCUGAGAACCCUCUUGUUUGGGUGGAGACUAAUCGGAGUCCCGCCCGCUUGCCUGGAGACUCACUCCCGCUAUCAUUGAUGCGACCCAUCGACAACCAGACACAUUCGAUCCAAAUCCUGCUUUCUUGACCAUCCCAAAUUCCGGUUGACUAUGACCCCAUAUCUCAAUUGAGCGGGGCAUCGCUAGAAUUAACCCCCGUCGUUUUUCAAGCACUCAAUCAGAUAUCCAGUGAUCUAUCUAUAGCAACCAUGGUAGCCCUGUCUGUGGGCCUCGCAAAGGCCCGCCGGCCUUCACUCACAUUGCUUUUAUUGAUUAUCAUCAUCUUCGUUGCACAAGUCUCAGUCGCUCAAGACUCAACCACAGACGAUAGCACCACUUCCACUACUACCGACGCAGCUACAACCACCGAGUCUGCGACAACCUCGUCAGCCGACAGUACUACCACCUCAGCUGCGACAACGACAAAUACUAAGUCAACAUCUACUGGCUCCUCAACCUCAUCUUCCUCGACGAAUGGUUACCCUGUAGUGACUGUACCACCCACUGCAGAUGCCCCGUACAUGCAGAAGUCGAAGAUCCCUGAAGGGACUUUGUUCAUCGUGGUUGGGGCUGUGCUUGGUGCAAUUGGCUUGGCCAUUCUGGCCUGGCGCGGAAUCGUCGCCUGGUCUGUGAACCGAUCCGUCCGUCAAGCAGCCAUGAUCCGUUCAUCAGAAACCAAAGGACUGCUUCGUUCCAAGAAGAGGAGGUCACGCUCGAGGAGAUCCUCCUCUGGGCCAGGAGUAACUCUUGACAAACUCGGUGAAAACCAUCACCACCGCAGCCACAGCCACAGUCGCAGACACCACCGGUCCUCCACCAAGACCCCUAGCUCGAACAGCGCCUUGUUCUUCUCACCCACCGCAGGAAUGCACCACAACAGCAAUAGGCGCUCGAGUUACCUUCCAGCCGGAUACUACAAUGCCGGCAGUGCUGCGCCUCCCCGAAGUCAGGAAACACGUUUCUCGGCAGCUGACCUACCGGGUAUGGGGCCUCAGUCUCAGGGCUAUACCAAGGCCAAGUCAGGACCUAGCCCUCCUGAAUCGCCACGUCUGUCAGCAUCAGCCAACGAGCAAGACAUUUCCCCCCGCGGCGCUAGACGGUCCCGCGUAGAAGAGGCCUCUACCAGCACAAUCAAUCUUUCCUCUCCUCCUCUGGGCCGAACUCCGAGUGCAUAUCUCGAAGAUUUAUUCGACAGUCAUGCGCCCCAGAAUAGACACUGACGCUACCAUAAUCAGUGACGCUACGAGCAACGAUAUCUCUUCUGCUGGGAUGUAUAGUUCAACAUUUUCUUCUUCCCUCGAUUUUAUGUCUUGUCAUUUAACUAGCUUUGGUCUUCUUCUUCCUAUUCAUGUCCUAUAUCACGCAUGCUAUCACUGUGUACUGUAUAUUGUUCGCCUUCAUGUUUGCAAAGACAUCUUCAUCUACCUGGAAUCUUUUUCUGAUCUAUUAUUCUUGAGUUGUCGCUCUUUUUGCAUAAUUCAUUACAUCUGUCCCUAUCUUUUUUAUUUCUUGGAAUAAGAGGCUUACGUGUUCUUGAUAUAAUUCUUAAAUAACAGUUCCAUUAAGAACGUUCCAUACUCUCUCAAUUGAUUAGAUCU